UGUAUAUUUAAAGAUGUAAAGCCAGGCUCAUACAAGAUUUGUACUUCAAAAAGAUAAGCAAAGAGUCACCACGUCGGGGAAAUUGAAUGAUAAGCUUUUUUUAAACAGUUGUACAUGAAUUUGCCUUUUAUGGGGAUAAUGAUAGGAAAUUCAUUUAGACUAUAAAUAUGAGAUAAAGACUACUUUUUUUAACGUUUUGUUCAAUUAAACAUUAAAAUGGCUGUCAUCUCUAACAAUGCUAUCCUCCAAAAAUACCUUGCUCUUGAUCAACGCGACAAGGUUCAAGUUGAAUAUGUCUGGAUUGAUGCCAACAAUGGUUUAAGAAGCAAGACUCGUACAGUUAACUUCAUCCCUACCAAGGCUGAAGAAUUGCCUGAAUGGAACUUUGAUGGUUCUUCCACUGGCCAAUCUGAAGGCCAUGAUUCUGAUAUCUUGAUCUCACCUGUUGCUAUUUACAAUGAUCCCUUCCGUGGUGGCAACAACAAGUUUGUCAUUUGUCAAACCUUCAACCCUGAUGGUACUCCUCACUCUACUAAUCACCGUUAUGAAUGUAACAAGAUCAUGGAAAAGUAUGCUGAUACCAAGCCUUGGUUCGGUAUUGAACAAGAAUAUUCUCUCUUUGAUCCUGAAACCAACAAGCCUUAUGGUUGGCCCAAGCACGGUUUCCCCGAGCCUCAAGGUAAAUACUACUGUGGUGUAGGUGCUGGUAAGAUCUUUGGUCGUGAUAUUGUAGAAGCUCAUUACCGUGCUUGUUUGUACGCCGGUAUCAAUAUUUCUGGUGUCAACACAGAAGUGGCUCCCGGUCAAUUCGAAUACCAAGUAGGUCCCUGUGAAGGCAUUGAAAUGUCUGAUUCUCUUUGGGCCUCUCGCUAUCUUUUGGAACGUGUUGCUGAAGACUUUGGUAUCAUUGUUUCAUUGCACCCUAAGCCUAUCAAGGGUGACUGGAACGGUGCUGGUUGUCAUACCAACUUCUCCACUGAAGAAAUGCGUCAAGAAGGUGGUUUGGCUGCUAUUGAAAAGGCUAUCAAGAAGAUGAGUUUGCGUCAUGCUGAACAUAUUGCUGUCUAUGGCGAAGACAAUGAUCAACGCUUAACAGGUAGACACGAAACUGGUCACAUUGAUGAUUUCAGUUACGGUGUUGCUAACCGUGGUGCUUCUAUUCGUAUUCCCCGUCAUGUCGGUAAAGAAGGAAAGGGUUAUUUAGAAGACCGCCGUCCUGCUUCCAACAUUGACCCUUACCGUGUCACCGGUAUCAUUGUUGAAUCCACCUUCUUCCCUGAAAACUAAAUCCUCACCUUGUAAUUUUAUUUAUUUCUUAUACAGUAGACCAUAUACACUUAAUAAACACUAUACAUAUAUCUGAUUUU